GGGAAUGUUAAGAAAUUAUGGCCUAGGAAAAAACGUAAAUUUCACUUUUUCUUGGAAAAUGUUUACGUUAGUUUUUCUAGUACUGUCAUAUCUUACUUAUAAUGAUGUAAGCCAAUAUUGUAAAUCGUUAGAAUAUAUGUACAAACAGGAUAGAGAAUGGAAUACAAAAUUUAAGAGGUUAUUGGCAAGACAUGAACAGAUAAGGGAAUUAGAAAGCCUAAGACUGAGAGAUAAAUUACAAAAUAGAAGACCUUAUACAGAAAAAAGAAAUGUAUAUGAUAAUUUAUCCGCAUAUUCACAUUUAAAAAGUAAUGAAUCAGAUUAUAUUGACAUAUACAUGAAAAAUUAUAAGAAGAGGUAUAUGAGAAAAAAAGGAUUAUCCAACUUAAACUGUUAUUGUGAGAAUAAAGUAUUCAGCAAAUUUAAUAACAUAUGUGAUAUUGGAAAAAAGAUGAAGUAUGAUGAGAAGCGUUCGAAAAAAUUUUUCUUAAAAAAAUAUGGUAUAGGUCUUUUCAUAUUUGCUUUAAUUCCUGCUCUUGGUUUUAUAUUUCGAAUAUUAUUUGGGAUUAAUCGUGAUAUGCCAGGUGUAUUAGGUAUAUGCCCUGAGGCGCAUUAUAAUAGUGUUAAAAAUUUUGAGUACGCCAAUAUGAUAUUUUCAAUUAUUAUGGUUUCCAUUGUUAUACUAUUUUUUAUUUAUAUUUUGAUAAAAGUUAUAAAAUAUGAAAAAAUAAAAGCUGGGAAAGGGAAAAUGAAUAGAAGAGAAAAUAUUGAUUUCUGUAAAAAGGUAUUUAAAAAUGAAAAAUAUUAG